AUGUCCGAGAAAGGCUCGCGGUGGCUCCAGGGCUGCUACGUAAAUAUCGACGACGCCACGAGCCGCUUGUGCAGCCUCCACGUCAGCCGGCGCUCCUCCUCCCCCUCCUCUUCAUCUCCCGAAUCCGGAACCGAUGAUGGUUCCGCCGCUCCGAACUACCUCACGAGGGUCGGGAACGGGUCACUCCCCGUCUCCUGGUAAAAAUAUCACGGUAUUACCCGGGACACCGGCCUUCUCCCAUGGCAUAAUUUUCCCUCCUUACUUUUUUUGUGACGCGGGAAAAGUGUGGUUCGAUGGUGGUUAUUUUCGCGUUUUUUUGUGUUUCUACCCCCACACGCCUUCUUCCCGCUCGUCUGCCGGAAUGGCUGGUACCGUGAGGAAUUUUCCUGGAAUCGUCUUUUCUUUCUGUCUUUCUGUGACUGCUUUUUGUGUUACAUAGCAGCAGUGUGUGUGCACGUUUUUUUUUUUUUUUUUGUCGGCACGGCAGUGCGUUUUUGUUU